AUGUGGGCAUACGGCCUGCUGCUGAGGAAGCAUUCGACGCCCCCGGCGGGGAAACCGACGCCCCCGGCGGGGAAACCGACGCCCCCGGCGGGGAAACCGACGCCCCCGGCGGGGAAACCGACGCCCCCGGCGGGGAAACCGACGCCCCCGGCGGGGAAACCGACGCCCCCGGCGGGGAAACCGACGCCCCCGGCGGGGAAACCGACGCCCCCGGCGGGGAAACCGACGCCCCCGGCGGGGAAACCGACGCCCCCGGCGGGGAAACCGACGCCCCCGGCGGGGAAACCGACGCCCCCGGCGGGGAAACCGACGCCCCCGGCGGGGAAACCGACGCCCCCGGCGGGGAAACCGACGCCCCCGGCGGGGAAACCGACGCCCCCGGCGGGGAAACCGACGCCCCCGGCGGGGAAACCGACGCCCCCGGCGGGGAAACCGACGCCCCCGGCGGGGAAACCGACGCCCCCGGCGGGGAAACCGACGCCCCCGGCGGGGAAACCGACGCCCCCGGCGGGGAAACCGACGCCCCCGGCGGGGAAACCGACGCCCCCGGCGGGGAAACCGACGCCCCCGGCGGGGAAACCGACGCCCCCGGCGGGGAAACCGACGCCCCCGGCGGGGAAACCGACGCCCCCGGCGGGGAAACCGACGCCCCCGGCGGGGAAACCGACGCCCCCGGCGGGGAAACCGACGCCCCCGGCGGGGAAACCGACGCCCCCGGCGGGGAAACCGACGCCCCCGGCGGGGAAACCGACGCCCCCGGCGGGGAAACCGACGCCCCCGGCGGGGAAACCGACGCCCCCGGCGGGGAAACCGACGCCCCCGGCGGGGAAACCGACGCCCCCGGCGGGGAAACCGACGCCCCCGGCGGGGAAACCGACGCCCCCGCGUAAUACAGUUAUGAAGAGCUUCCCAGAGGGCACAGUCAGUCAUCAGAGCAUACUGAUGACAGCCAACCUCUCACUACUGACAUGGGAACUAUUGCAAGUUCAUACACCUACAGCCAACUACAAACAUACUUAA